AUGUAUCGAGUGAAAUUUAUUUUAAGGAUUUUUAUUAUAUUAGUUAUUUUAUCUAUUGUAAAUAGCAAUAUAUUUUUUGGUGACGAUUUUGACAGUUUGUUUGGAAAAAAUAUAAAUUUUGAAGUUAGUGAGCGGUUUGUAAGAAAGGCUAGUAAAAAAGAUCCAAGUGAUGAUUCUUUUUCAAGUGCUGAUCCUUUUGCAAGUCUCACAUUAGACACUUUUGAUGAAACUGAUUCAAAAAGCAAGGAUAAAAAAAAGGAAAAAAAUUCUGAUAAAAAAAAAAAAGAUAAAGAAUCCAGUAGUACAACUCCUGAUCCUUUUGAUUUAUUAACUGGUAAUGAUACUUUGAUAAAUUUCAGUAGUAAUAGUGACCUGAAUGGAUUAUCAGAUUUGGGAAAUGGUUCACCAGGUGGUGGUAGUAUGGGUGGUAAUAUGGGUGGAAUGGAUCCUUCCAUGAAUUCAAUGGGUGGUGGUAUGGGUGGAAUGGAUCCUUCCAUGGGUGGAAUGGGCGGAAUGGGUGGAAUGGGUGGUUAUGGAAUGGGUAUGGGUGGAAUGGGAAUGGGAAUGAUGGGAAUGGGUGGUAUGGGAAUGAUGGGAAUGGGUGGUAUGGGAAUGAUGGGAAUGGGAGGUAUGGGAAUGGGUGGUUAUGGAAUGGGAAUGGGAGGUAUGGGAAUGGGUGGUUAUGGUGGUAUGGGUGGUAUGGGUGCAAUGGGUGGAAUGGCUGGUCAAAUGAUGGGAAAUAAUGGAGAAGGUGGUAUGGGUAUGAAUGCAAAAGCAAAUAUGAAUGGUAACAAUAAUAAUGAUUUUGAUGACAGCUCAGAAGGUGGUUCAAUGAGAAAUAUGGGUGGAAAUAAUGGUACAAAUAUGAAUCAAGCUGGAAUGGUUCAGGGUCCAGAGAAAGCUUAUAAUUCUACUGUUCAAAACAGAUGGAAAAAUGCUGCUAUGCUAGCCACCAAUAAAACUGGUAAUGGUAAUAUGAUGAAGGAUGUAAAUGGAAAUGUUAUGGCAAACUCAGGUUUAUCUUCACAACCAAAUAGUCAUAAUGAGAUUACAAACAAUGUGAAACCAAUGACACCAGGAAGUCAUGGUGCAAAUAUAACCAAUUCAUUACCUGAUAAAUCUUCAAUGUUGAAAGAUAAUUCGAUUUCAAAUACUGGUAAUAUGAAUGAAGUAAAAGGAAGAACUGUUAAUCCUGCUGUUAAAAACAAGUGGAUAAAUGCUGCUUCGAGAGCUACUAAUGGAACAAACUCUAUAAAAAUGCCAAGUGGAAAUGCUGGUAGCAAUGGUUUGAUGAAUCAGAAUGAAAUUUCAAAUCAUAUUGAUAAUGGUCCUAUUAAAAGCGGUAGUGGACAUAAUACUAAUGCUAAUGUUAAUAAUAACAAUAAUAACAAUAAUGCUCAUGCUAAUGCUAAUUCUAAUAACAAUAAUGCCAAUUCUAUUAAUAAAAAUAGUGAGCGUCCUGUUAAUCCUGCUGUUAAAAGCAAGUGGAUAAGUGCUGCUUCGAAAGCUACUAAUGGAACAAACUCUAUAAAAGUACCAGGUGGAAAUGCUGGUGGCAGUGGUUUGACGAGACAGAAUUCAAUUUCAAAAACUGUUGGUAAUACUCCCGCUAAAAGCAGUAUGGGCCAUAAUGCUAAUGCUAAUAACAAUAAUAACAAUAAUGCUCUUGCUAAUGCUAAUGCUAAUAACAAUAAUGCCAAUGCUAUUAAUAAAAAUAUUGGGCGUUCUUCUAUGCGAGACAAAUGGAGAAGUUUUGCUACGAGAGCUCGUAAUAGUACAAAUUCUAUAAAAGCACCAGGUGGAAAUGGUAGCAAUGGUUUGAUGAGACGGAAUUCAUUUUCAAAUACUGCUCGUUCUAAUAGCAUUAAUACCAAUAUGGCUAAUGCUAAUAUGAAUAAUAACAAUAAUGUGCAGAAUAUGAGAGAUAUGAAUAACAAUAAAAUUGGGUCUAGUGGUAGUUUUAGACAAAGAUUCUCAUCAAUGUUUCAAAGAAGAGGUUCUGUUAAUAGAAAUAGCAUGCAACAACCCAAUACAGUUUUUAAUAGUGGAAUGAAUGGAAAUGCUAAUGUCAACAAUAAUAAGAGAAGAUUUUCAUUUUCACUUGGAUUUAAUCGAAAUAGAAACAAUAAUAACAAUAAUAUGAAUCCUGCAGCAAAUAUGAAUCGACGCGGUAGUUUCUUCCGUUUUGGAAGCUUUAGAAAUAGGAAUAAUAACAAUAAUAUGCAAACCAUGGCAAGGAUGAAUGGAGGAAACAGAAUGAGAACUGGUGGCUUUUUCAGUAGAAUGUUUUCACGUAGAAAAUCAUUUUUCGGAUAA